AUGGAUAGAGAAAAUGAAGAUACGAAGAAAUUUUAUAAGCGAUGUAGUAGUUUAUUAAGGAAGGCGGAAGAGAUUGCAAUUUGUUGUGAUGUGGAUGUGUUGUUUGUUGCGCUUUCACCAUCUAAUCGACUCAACAAGUUCUGUAGCCAAAAAAGAAUUGAAGACAUGCUUCAACACUAUCUUAAGCUUCCCGUUGAGAGGAGAUUGACGGACUAUGUUCCAGAAUCAGAGAAAUUUUCUUCUCUUCAUCAACUCUUUUGGUGUGAGAGCAACUUGCAAAAAUCUCUCCAAAAAGUUAUGACAAGAAAGAUCGAAUUGGAGAAACAAGAAAAGAUGGUUGUUCACUUUGCUGCACAACAAACAACUCCUCAGCGCUUUGUGACAAAUAAUUGGGUUAAUCCAUAUAGCCAUGUCUCUACAUGGAAUAAAAACUUCAGUGAACCCUCAAAUUUAGGGUUGGAGAUUGUCCAUUCAAAUUGGAAUAAUAAUAUUAAUAACAACAACAAUAACAAUCACAUCAUUCAACAGAAUGAUCCCUCUUCUGUUCAAUGUGAUGCAAUGACUCCUAAUGUUAAUGGAUUUAACAAUUCAAUGGAGGAGAAUAUGAUGGAGAAUGAUGCAUGCAAAUGGGAUGAUAUCGAUGCUUUCCUCAAUGAAGCUUUGAAUGAAGAAGACUUUUGA